AUGACGCCAACGUGUCAGAUGGCCCGGUCAGCCCGCGCGAUGCUCCAGGCAGACUGCACUGCGUCCUGGGCCACACGCCUGAUCGGGACCACUCAGUCUCUGGGUCGUGAUUCUCACAGUUCUGCCGUUCCGUGGGCCGGGUGCCGGUACGAUCUUGCACAGCUUACCCGCCUGCUAUUCUUAUACUGGCCUCCCCGCCCGUUUCCCCAGGCCACACACGGCCCCACUGCGCCAGCGCCCGCCGAAGCGCAUGGCACCAACACUCAGCUCAUGUCCUUCCUCUACGAUCCCGUCUUCCCCGGCGCGAACAAGCUCUUUGCGGGCGCAGACAAUGGGGCGAAGGAGGAGCAGCGCGUGCUGCGGAAGAGCAGGAGCCAUGCCGGUUUCCUCUCGCCGCUCAUACAGCUCGUGCGCGACCCUGUCGGCACUAUAGGCAGUGUUAUAUACGACGACAGCUCAGCGAUUGCUACGGAUGGUGCCGAGGAUGAAAGUCGCCGAGAAAUACUGUACCUCCGCAUGAGAGAGGCCGAGACCUACGAUGCAUGGCGCGCCGCGGCUACCGAGCUGGACCUCCUCGAGGGCAACGAUGCCUGGAAAGCCGAGCACGAAUCCCUCGAAUACGACUACGCGCUCGUCGAAGCACGACUGAAGCAGCUGGACGAAGCUAGGGUCAACUGCGACGUCAAGAGAAUGCUCUUCCUCAUUCGGACGUCCCUGACUCGCGGGCUUGGAGGCAUGGGAGACCUGCGCCUGUAUAAACACUCCCACGUUGGCACAAAAGCUCUAAUCGAACGCUAUAUCGACUCCGCCCAGAAGACGCUGCGAGCUCUGUUGGAAGUUUCGGCCAAGCAGAAUGAUGACGGCUGUCUGGAACACAGAGUCAUACUGGAGCAGCUGCUGGCAGCCCGCCAGUCGUUCGGCAGAAGUGCGCUGCUGAUGUCAGGAGGCGGGACCUUUGGCAUGAACCACAUUGGCGUCAUCAAAAGCCUCUGGAACGCUCGACUUCUCCCUCGCAUUAUCUCGGGGGCCUCGGCCGGCAGCAUUGUUUGCGCGGUUCUGUGCAUCAAGACUGAUGAGGAGAUCCCCCAAGUCCUGGAGGAAUUCUGCUAUGGCGAUCUCAACGUUUUCGAUAGGCCCGGGCAGGAAGACUCCUAUAUGGACAAGGUUGUUCGAUUCCUCAAGUACGGAUCACUGUUCGAGAUCACACACCUGAUCACCGUUAUGAGGAACCUCCUCGGCGACAUCACUUUCCAGGAAGCCUACAACCGCACCCGGAGGAUAUUGAAUAUCACUGUGUCCAGCGCCAGCUUAUACGAAUUGCCUCGGUUGCUCAAUUAUGUUACUGCUCCCAAUGUCUUGAUUUGGUCCGCCGUGGCCGCAUCUUGCUCCGUUCCGUUUGUCUUUUUACCGGCCUCUCUACUCGCUAAAGACCCCCGGACUGGAGAGGAAGUGCCCUGGAAUCCCACGCCCAAUGCUGGCUGGAUUGAUGGUUCGGUAGACAAUGAUCUCCCGAUGACUCGUCUGGCAGAAAUGUUCAACGUCAAUCAUUUUAUCGUCUCUCAAGUCAAUCCGCACGUCGUUCCGUUUCUUGUAAAAGAGGAGGAAAUGGUCACAGCAGAAGCCCGGCAAUCCAGCCAAGCCUUCACCGCCGGCCCUAGUUGGCUACACUACAUGGCAAAUCUUGCAAAAGGAGAGGCUUUACAUCGACUCCACGUUCUUGCAGAACUAGGUGUAUUCCCUAACUAUCUUACCAAGAUGAGGUCUAUUCUCAACCAACGAUACUCUGGAGACAUUACCAUCUUUCCCGCUAUCUCACUCGCUCAUUUUCCUAAAGUCCUUAGCAACCCGACUACAGAAUACAUGCUGCAAUGCACCCUCACCGGCGAGCGAGCAACCUGGCCGAAAUUAUCACGCGUCCAAAACCACGUCGCUAUCGAACUCGCUCUAGAUGAAACAAUCCGGCAGCUUCGAGCUCGCGUCGUAUUCAGUCCCAGUCAAGUAGACCUCCGUCUAAGCAGCUUUACCCGGCCCCUAUCCCAGGGCGACGAACGCGCACCACGACACCGCUCGAGACCCCCUCACAAAAUCACCCGCUUCGAACACGACCACAGCCUUUCCAAGCGUGGCUCUCAAACCUCACUCCGCCGCAAACUCCACACCCCCCUGAAAUUCCCGCCGGGGAUGCAACCACUAUCGAACACCAAACCCUAUCUCCCCUCCCACUCCAACGCCGUCCGCCGCCUCAGCAACCCUGACCCUCAACACAUCCGCUUCAACCCCUCCAACUUCAGCGCCGCCGACCUCCUUACCUCAGACGACGACUCCGAUUGCAUAUCAGACGGCGACACCGAACUGCCCCCCUCCCCGCCGCUCUCCCCAUCAACCCCCUCGUCUACGAUCCCAAACCUGUGGCCGUCGACCCGCCAGCUCUUCCCCUCCGUCUCGCAGCCCAGCACCCCCUCGCUCUCCUCCCGCACCUUCGCCCACCACCGUACCAGCUCGUCGCUAAACCUGGCCAUGACUAAAACCGCGCCCCCCGCCGUCGCCGUCCCCAGCUCGCCGGAGCGGAAAUACAAAGCCCUCUUCCACCUUCCCCCCACUGCCGCGGGCGAGAACACGGGGCUGCUGCCGCGACCGGGCACGCCGCGGUAUGGCCUGACGCGCUCGCGGUCGGAGCUCGCGCCGCCGCCGCCGGUGGUGCCGCAGAAGGACGGGGCGGUGGAUGUGGACCAGGGUGGGAAGGAGACGAAGAAGGAGAAGAAGGAGCGGAAGCGGCGGGAGAAGAGUGGGGCCGGGGGUUUGGGGUUGUUGUUGGAUAUUUCGGGGACCAGGGGGAUGAUGUUGCGGCGGAAGAGGAGUCGGAGUCGGGGGAGUGGGGGGGUUGGGUGA